AGCUAUUGCUUUGUGUUUAAUUUUACGCUUAAAAUUCGCGUUUUAGCGAUGGCGAUGCGGUGUUUGGCUGGACAAAAGCAAUAAAACUUAAUUUAAAGCUUUACUUUGAAUGUAAGUUUGGCAAAAAUGUGUAUCAUUUGAGAGGACCAUGAGCGAAGGCGCCGCAGAAUGCACGGAAAAGCUAGAUCCCAGGGUCCAGAUUGAGCUAGAGCGCCUGAACACAGCAACAGAUGAAAUCAACCGCCUUGAAGUUGAACUGGAUGAAGCUCGGCUUGCUUUCCGUCGGCUCUUGGCAGAAGGGCACUUGAGGAUACAGCAGCUCACAAAGAAACUUGGAACAAGUGUGCACAAAGCACGGCCAUAUUAUGAAGCCAGAUUCAGGGCCAAUAUUACCUCACAAGAGCUUCAUGCAGCUAACCUUGCAUACGACAAAGCGAACAGCGCCCACGCGGCGGCGCGGGAAAUGGUCUACUUGGCAGAGCAGGGCCUGGCGAGACUGGCCGAGGGCUCCGGGGGCCUCACCCUGGACCCCGCCUGGCAGGAGAUGCUCAACCACGCCACACAUCGCGUCAACCAGGCGGAGUCCGAGCGCGCCUCGGCCACGGUGACGCAGCGCUCGAAGGCGGCGGCGCACCGCGCGGCCGCGGCCCUCGUGCAGCAGCUGCAGAACGGCCUCAAGCGACACAUCGCUAAGUCCAGGCCGUACUUUGAGGAAAAGGCUCGUAUAAACUCAGCGCUGGAAGCCCAGAAGGCUCGCAUUCAGACCCUGGAAGAACAAGUGUCUGAUGCCAAGCAGAAAUACUCGUCUGCUCUCAGGAACUUGGAGAGGAUAUCAGAUGAAAUACACCGACAUCGAUCGAGAAGACAGUCCACUAGGAAUGAUGUGGAUCGUUCAACAAUCACGGACACCGCGAGCGAAUCCAACGCCAGCGAGACUCUGGAAGAGCUCUGUGCACAUCACAACCAUGAAAACGUGCGCGAGUGGUUGCGUCGCGCAGAUAGAAGCGAUCCUGACACUUGGACUGAGAUCGAUCUGGACUAUUCUAGUCCGGAGGAGAUAAGUUUCGAAAAAUGCUCUCUCCGACCUCGUUCAACCCCAGAAAAAUCAUCACCCCCAAGUCCGAUGGAAACCAAAGUAUCAGCGGCUUCGCCGAGACGCAUCAUCAGGACUGGAGACAGGAGCGCGGCCAUACGAGCUGAGCUAGAGAGAGGGAGACGGCAGAGUCUAGACGCCCUGUUUCAUGACACGGGGGAAAAGGUCAAGGAGAUGUUCCAGGGUCUCUCGCUGUUCGGCGAGCGGCGCGGCUCGGGCUCCGCCCCGCGGACACCGCGCAGGUCUUCGCCUCGCUCCCGGAGGUCUCCCGCGCCUGAUGGGGCGUCAUCCACUUCUGACGAGAGAUACUCUGAUACUGACAGCUUAACUAGUAUGGAAAUGCUGACCGACGACCAGAUAGCAUCGCUGAUGUUGGACGCUCAACUGGAAGCCGUGUGCGAGCGUCUCGCCGGCGUCGUACGCAUACCGCGCUCCCCGCACUCCCCCGAAGCUCGAUAUUGAACCUUAAAAUCUUAUGAUUAAGGUACAAAUUACUAUGAAGUUGUUUUGGUUGCCUGAAGAUCGAUAUUGAACCUUAAGGACUAAGUUUAAGGUACAAUUUUCUGUGAAGUUGUUUGAAGGUUGUUUUAGUUACUGAAGCUCUGAACUUUAACUGCGCAUGUUUACAGUUCAAUUUACUAUGAAGUCGUUUAUAAACCUUAUGAAAUGGUAAAAAAUGUAUUAAGAAGUAGCAAGAAUGCUAUAAGAUAUUGAAACUUGGCUUUUUAUGUUUAAGUACAAUGUACUAUGAAUAUGGUUGAAAGUUGCUUUGGUCAUCUGAAGUUACAUAUGGAACUCCUUAUGGUUAAAGUAUAAUUGACCACAAACUUGUUUGAAGUCCUUUUCGGACGGGACCGUAAACUUUGUGUAAUGAUAAAAAGUUAAAAACUAAAAAGGCGUAUGUAGGAAGGAGUAGCAAGAAUGCUAUAAUCACCUGAAGAUAUUGAACCCUAAUUGCUUAGUGCUUAUGUUAAAAGUACAAUUUUUUGUGGCUGUGGCGUGUGUCCCGUUUAUGCUGACCCUAAAGUUCCAUGACCCCAGGGUCUCAAAAUAUAACAAAUGAGAAAUAACUGUAAUAGCUUAUUAGGACCUGAAUUAUAUUAAGUUCUUCAUACGGUUUGCUAUAGAACUCUUGCCAUAGUUAGAUGAGUAAAGUACACAACUUUGUUCAAUUAGAGAAACUGCAUCAAGAGAAGAGUAGAGAAACUGCACAGUAAAAUAUAUUUUAAAUCAGAUUAAUAUUAUAAUAAUUGACCACAAAGCUAGUGCUCAUUAAUUUUGCUUAGGUACUGAAUUAUGUGUAUAAGAUGUAUAUUUAAUUUUGCAAAAUUUUACAUGCUAAAUUCCUCCUAGUUCCUUAAAGAAAACUAUAAUUAAUUAAAAGAAACUGAAAUUAUAAUUUAUAUUAAUGAAAACGUAGUAACUACUUUGAAAAUUGAGAUAUUUUGAGUUUACUGAUUUUAAUGAAUAAAAAGGUAAAACAAAAUUAGUUAUAAAUUAUAAUGAUAUUAGACAAAUUAAUAAUAAUUGAAAGGAAUUGAGCGCUUAUAUCAAUUACAGUAAGAUUCACAUUAGCUUUUACACUAGCUUAGAAGAUCACUUGCAAUAAAAUGAUAAUAAAACUGUGUGUGCGUCUAUGUUUAGAUUUGCUAAGUGCUUUAGGAUAAAUAGGCCUAUAUGUAUACUAUAAAUAGAAUACGUAAUGUGGCAAAGUUCAAUCGGGUAUUGAGAACACUCUUUUUUUGAACAGACUACUGUAUGUAGUAACAUGCUAAGCUUUCGCACAUUUUUAGGGUUCCGUAUCUCAAAAAGAAAAAGGAACCCUUAUAGAUCACUUCGCUGUCUGUCUGUCUGUCA